ACACACACACACAGAGUCAUGUGAUUUCCAGUAACUGCAGAGAGGGGGAGGAGCCUCCAGUGAAAGUGAAAGUGUUCAGACUCGUUCUAACUUCAAGGAGCAGACGGAGGAGACGUGAAGUCUGAGGCUGACUGAAGAUGAGUGUUUAUGAGGAGGAAGAGGACAGAGCAGUCUCCAGUUGUCUGUCUCUGAAGAGUGACUGGUCCAUGGGAGUUCCUCCACUCUUCAGUAAUGAACCUGGACCCUCACACACAAAAGGUCAGGACCACAGACUGAGAGCAGAGUCUCCAGGGUCCAGCUGUCUGUCUCUGAAGAGUGACUGGUCCAUGAAACAUCCUCCACUCUUCAGUAAUGAACCUGGACCCUCACACACAGAGGAGAGGAAGAGGAGUCAUGUUUCUGAGGAGGAGCAGUCGUCCUGCUGUGCUUCGUGUCAGGACGUCCUGAAGGAUCCAGUCUCCACCAGCUGUGGACACUGGUUCUGCAGACAGUGCAUCACCUCAUACUGGGACCAGUCUGGUUCUUCAGGAGACUCCUCCUGUCCCCAGUGUGGAAAAAGAUCCAGAACAGGAGCUGGAGCAGAUCGUGGUCUGCAGGAGGUUUCAGAUGAACAUAAGCUCAGUGUGAGGAGGAGAUGUGAACAUGUGACUGAAGGAAGUGAUGAAACAGGAAGUAGAACCCUCCUCAACAGGAUCUACACUGAGCUCUUUAUCACAGAGGGACAGAGUGAAGAGGUUAAUACUCAACAUGAGGUGAGGCAGCUUGAGACGGCUUCCAAGAUGAAGAUCCUCCAGGACACUCCCAUCAAGGUCCACGACAUCUUUAAAGCCUCCACUGACCAGCAGAGCAGCAUCAGAGUCGUCCUGACCAACGGAGUCGCUGGCGUUGGAAAAACCUUCUCGGUGCAGAAGUUCACUCUGGACUGGGCAGAGGGUUUAGAGAACCAGGAUGUGGGUCUGCUGGCUGUGCUUUCGUUCAGGGAGCUGAACCUGGUGAAGGACCAGCAGCACAGUCUCCUCACGCUGCUCCAUGUUUUCCAUCCAGCGUUACAGAAGCUCACUGCAGAGACGCUCGCUGUCUGUAAACCUUUGUUCAUCUUUGACGGCCUGGAUGAAAGCAGACCUUCUCUGGACUUCAACCACAGGGAGCUUGUGUCUGAGGUCACACAGAGGUCAUCAGUCAACGUGCUGCUGACAAACCUCAUCCGGGGGAAUCUGCUUCCCUCGGCUCUCGUCUGGAUAACCUCUAGACCUGCGGCGGCCAAUCAGAUCCCUCCUGCAUGUGUUGACAGGGUCACAGAAGUACGAGGCUUCACUGAGGCCCAGAAGGAGGAGUACUUCAGGAGGAGAUUCAGUGAUGAGGAGCUGUGCAGCAGAAUCAUCUCACACAUCAAGACAUCCAGGAGCCUCCACAUCAUGUGUCAAAUCCCAGUCUUCUGCUGGAUCAGUGCUACAGUUCUGGAGCACAUGUUGAGCACAGACCAGAGAGGAGAGCUGCCCAAGACCCUGACUGACCUGUACUCACACUUCCUGCUGGUUCAGACAAAGAGGAAGAACAACAAGUACGGUGAGGGACAUGAGACGAGUCCACAGCAGCUGACGGAGGCUGACAGGGACGUUCUCCUGAAGCUGGGGAGGCUGGCACUUAAACAUCUGGAGGAAGGAAACAUCAUGUUCUACCAAGAAGACCUGGAGCGGUGUGGUCUUAAUGUCACAGAGGCCUCGGUGUACUCAGGAGUUUGUACUGAGAUCUUCAGAAGAGAGUGUGUGAUCUUCCAGAAAUCAGUCUACUGCUUUGUUCAUCUGAGCGUUCAGGAGUUUCUGGCUGCAGUCUACAUGUUCCACUGUUACACCAAGAGGAAAGAAGAACUCAACAAGUUCUUGGGAAUGCGUAAGAAAACAGACAGUACCUUCUCCCUGGAUGACCUCCUGAAGAGAACCAUGAAGAAAUCCCUCACCAGUACAAAUGGUCAUCUGGACCUGUUUGUUCGCUUCCUUCACGGCCUCAGUCUGGAGUCCAACCAGAGAGUCUUAGGAGGCCUGCUGGGUCGGACAGAGAACAAUCCAGAGAUCAUCCAGAGAGUCAUCAACAACCUGAAGGAGAUGAGGAGUGAUAACAUUUCUCCUGACAGAAGCAUCAACAUCUUCCACUGUCUGACUGAGAUGAACGACCACUCAGUUCAUCAGCAGAUGAAACAGUUCCUGACGUCAGAGAACAGAUCAGAGGAGAAACUCUCUGAGAUCCACUGCUCAGCUCUGGCCUACAUGCUGCAGAUGUCAGAGGAGGUUCUGGAUGAGUUGGACCUGAAGAAGUUCAACACAUCAGACCAGGGUCGACUGAGACUGAUCCCAGCUGUGAGGAACUGCAGGAAGGCUCGAUUCAGUGGUUGUGGACUCUCAGAGACUCACUGUGAAGUCGUGGCCUCAGCUCUGAAGUCAGACCCCUCACAUCUGAGAGAACUGGAUCUGAGUCACAACCCCCUGAAGGGUUCAGGAGUGAAGCUGCUGUGUUCUGGACUGGAGAGUCCAAACUGUCGACUGGAGACUCUGAGGUUGAAGGACUGCAGUCUGUCAGAGAUCAGCUGUUCUUCUCUGGCUUCAGCUCUGAGGUCAAACCCCUCUCAUCUGAGAGAACUGGAUCUGAGUAACAACAACCUGAAGGAGUCAGGAGUGAAGGAGCUGUGUGGUUUUCUACAGAGUCCAACCUGUCGACUGGAGACUCUGAGGUUGAUGUGGUGCAGACUGUCAGAGAUCAGCUGUUCUUCUCUGGCUUCAGCUCUGAGGUCAAACCCCUCUCAUCUGAGAGAACUGGAUCUGAGGAACAACGACCUGCAGGACUCAGGAGUGAAGGAGCUUCUUGAUCUACAGCAGAGUUCAACCUGUCGACUGGAGACUCUGAGGUUGGAGUACUGCAGUCUGUCAGAGAUCAGCUGUUCUUCUCUGGCUUCAGCUCUGAGGUCAAACCCCUCUCAUCUGAGAGAACUGGAUCUGAGAGGAAACAACCUGCAGGACUCAGGAGUGAAGGAGCUGUGUGGUUUUCUACAGAGUCCAACCUGUCGACUGGAGACUCUGAGGUUGUGGAGCUGCAGACUGUCAGAGAUCAGCUGUUCUUCUCUGGCUUCAGCUCUGAGGUCAAACCCCUCUCAUCUGAGAGAACUGGAUCUGAGCUACAACAGCCUGCAGGACUCAGGAGUGAAGGAGCUUCUUGAUCUACAGCAGAGUUCAACCUGUCGACUGGAGACUCUGAGGUUGAAGGACUGCAGUCUGUCAGAGAUCAGCUGUUCUUCUCUGGCUUCAGCUCUGAGGUCAAACCCCUCUCAUCUGAGAGAACUGGAUCUGAGCUUCAACGACCUGCAGGACUCAGGAGUGAAGGAGCUGUGUGGUUUUCUACAGAGUCCAACCUGUCGACUAGAGACUCUGAGGUUGUGGAACUGCAGACUGUCAGAGAUCAGCUGUUCUUCUCUGGCUUCAGCUCUGAAGUCAGACCCCUCACAUCUGAGAGAACUGGAUCUGAGACUCAACAAGCUGCAGGACUCAGCAGUGAAGCUGCUGUGUUCUGGACUGGAGAGUCCAAACUGUCGACUGGAGACUCUGAGGUUGAGUCUCUGCAGUCUGUCAGAGAUCAGCUGGUCUUCUCUGGCUUCAGCUCUGAGGUCAAACCCCUCUCAUUUGAGAGAACUGGAUCUGACUGACAACGACCUGAAGGACUCAGGAGUGAAGGAGCUGUGUGGUUUCCUACAGAGUCCAACCUGUCGACUGGAGACUCUGAGGUUGUGGAACUGCAGUCUGUCAGAGAUCAGCUGUUCUUCUCUGGCUUCAGCUCUGAGGUCAAACCCCUCUCAUCUGAGAGAACUGAAUCUGAGAGACAACAACCUGCAGGACUCAGAAGUGAAGGAGCUUCUUGAUCUACAGCAGAGUCCAACCUGUCGACUGAAGACUCUGAGACUCGGUGGUUGUGGACUCUCAGAGACUCACUGUGAAGUCGUGGCCUCAGCUCUGAAGUCAGACCCCUCACAUCUGAGAGAACUGGAUCUGAGGGACAACUACCUGCAGGGUUCAGGAGUGAAGCUGCUGUGUUCUGGACUGGAGAGUCCAAACUGUCGACUGGAGACUCUGAGGUUGAUGUACUGCAGUCUGUCAGAGAUCAGCUGUUCUUCUCUGGCUUCAGCUCUGAGGUCAAACCCCUCUCAUCUGAGAGAACUGGAUCUGAGUAACAACAACCUGAAGGACUCAGGAGUGAAGGAGCUGUGUGGUUUUCUACAGAGUCCAACGUGUCGACUGGAGACUCUGAGGUUGAUGUGGUGCAGACUGUCAGAGAUCAGCUGUUCUUCUCUGGCUUCAGCUCUGAGGUCAAACCCCUCUCAUCUGAGAGAACUGGAUCUGAGCUACAACAACCUGCAGGACUCAGCAGUGAAGGAGCUGCUUGAUCUACAGCAGAGUCCAACCUGUCGACUGGAGACUCUGAGGUUGAAGGACUGCAGUCUGUCAGAGAUCAGCUGUUCUUCUCUGGCUUCAGCUCUGAGGUCAAACCCCUCUCAUCUGAGAGAACUGGAUCUGAGCUUCAACGACCUGCAGGACUCAGGAGUGAAGGAGCUGUGUGGUUUUCUACAGAGUCCAACCUGUCGACUAGAGACUCUGAGGUUGUGGAGCUGCAGUCUGUCAGAGAUCAGCUGUUCUUCUCUGGCUUCAGCUCUGAGGUCAAACCCCUCUCAUCUGAGAGAACUGGAUCUGAGUGACAACAACCUGCUGGACUCAGCAGUGAAGGAGCUGUGUGGCUUUCUACAGAGUCCAACCUGUCGACUUGAGACUCUGAGGUUGAAGAACUGCAGACUGUCAGAGAUCAGCUGUUCUUCUCUGGCUUCAGCUCUGAGGUCAAACCCCUCUCAUCUGAGAGAACUGGAUCUGAGUAUCAACAGCCUGCAGGACUCAGGAGUGAAGGAGCUGUGUGGUUUUCUACAGAGUCCAACCUGUCGAAUGGAGACUCUGAGGUUUUGGAACUGCAGUCUGUCAGAGAUCAGCUGUUCUUCUCUGGCUUCAGCUCUGAGGUCAAACCCCUCUCAUCUGAGAGAACUGGAUCUGAGCUACAACAGGCUGCAGGACUCAGGAGUGAAGGAGCUGUGUGGUUUUCUACAGAGUCCAACCUGUCGACUGGAGACUCUGAGGUUGAGUCUCUGCAGUCUGUCAGAGAUCAGCUGGUCUUCUCUGGCUUCAGCUCUGAGGUCAAACCCCUCUCAUUUGAGAGAACUGGAUCUGAGACACAACAACCUGCAGGACUCAGGAGUGAAGGAGCUGUGUGGUUUUCUACAGAGUCCAACCUGUCGACUGGAGACUCUGGGGUUGAUUGGCUGCAGACUGUCAGAGAUCAGCUGUUCUUCUCUGGCUUCAGCUCUGAGGUCAAACCCCUCUCAUCUGAGAGAACUGGAUCUGAGUAGAAACAACCUGCAGGACUCAGGAGUGAAGGAGCUUCUUGAUCUACAGCAGAGUUCAACCUGUCGACUGGAGACUCUGAGACUCGGUGGUUGUGGACUCUCAGAGACUCACUGUGAAGUCGUGGUCUCAGCUCUGAAGUCAGACCCCUCACAUCUGAGAGAACUGGAUCUGAGUAACAACGAGCUGCAGGAUUCAGGAGUGAAGCUGCUGUGUUCUGGACUGGAGAGUCCAAACUGUCGACUGGAGACUCUGAGGUUGAAGAGCUGCAGUCUGUCAGAGAUCAGCUGUUCUUCUCUGGCUUCAGCUCUGAGGUCAAACCCCUCUCAUCUGAGAGAACUGGAUCUGACUAACAACAACCUGAAGGAGUCAGGAGUGAAGGAGCUGUGUGGUUUUCUACAGAGUCCAACCUGUCGACUGGAGACUCUGAGGUUGAAGGACUGCAGUCUGUCAGAGAUCAGCUGUUCUUCUCUGGCUUCAGCUCUGAGGUCAAACCCCUCUCAUCUGAGAGAACUGGAUCUGACAUGGAACGACCUGCAGGACUCAGGAGUGAAGGAGCUGUGUGGUUUUCUACAGAGUCCAACCUGUCGACUGGAGACUCUGAGGUUGAUGUGGUGCAGUCUGUCAGAGAUCAGCUGUUCUUCUCUGGCUUCAGCUCUGAGGUCAAACCCCUCUCAUCUGAGACAACUGGAUCUGAGAGAGAACAACCUGCAGGACUCAGGAGUGAAGGAGCUGUGUGGUUUUCUACAGAGUCCAACCUGUCGACUGGAGACUCUGAGGUUGUGGAACUGCAGACUGUCAGAGAUCAGCUGUUCUUCUCUGGCUUCAGCUCUGAGGUCAAACCCCUCUCAUCUGAGAGAACUGGAUCUGAGUCACAACAACCUGCAGGACUCAGGAGUGAAGGAGCUUCUUGAUCUACAGCAGAGUCCAACCUGUCGACUGGAGACUCUGAGGUGGAAGUGGCCUUAGUGGAGCUGAGUGUGAAGAGGACAGUGUGAAGAGGACAGUGUGUGUGGACGGAGGCUGAGCUGUGUCCUGAGGAUCCAGAGGCUGAAGCAGCAGCAGCUUGUGUGUAGUCUCCAAUCUACACAACCCCUAAUCUGCAUGUGUGUGUGAGAUGAAGCCGGAGCACCUGGAGAAAACACGGGGAGAACAUGCAGACUCCACACAGGAAGACCCCAUCUGAACCGGAUUCAAACCAGCAACCUUCCUGCCCCGAUUAUGUUUAUUCACAUGAAGAAUGUGUUUAUUGAAAUGACACAACACAAGCAGAAUAUAUAAACCCUCUAUAAAGAGUCACAUACAGUGUGUUUAAGUUUGUUUUUAUUAUUGUCCACCUUUGUCCCUCAGUGUGUCUCCAUGUGUGUAGAACCACAUUCUGUGUAUAUGUUUGUUUAUGAUCUUAAAGUUCCUGGAUUCACGUCACAAAUUGAUUUAGUUCAACACAAAGUUCAACACAUUGAAAUCACUUUGAGUUUAAAAUCAGAGUUUUGUCUUUGACACAAAAGAUCAAAACUCUGGACUUAAAAAUGGGACGUUUUCAUUUCUGCAUCAGGUGCAGAGCGGUGGUGGCUUUUCUACUUUUGACCCACAGGUGGCGCUGCAGUAUAACAGCAGCACAUCCCAGUCAAAGCCUUUAUAUUCAGUCUAUGAGUCAAACACAUGGAUCAUUUCCUCUGUGACAAACCAGAUGUAACGAGAAGAAAAACAUCUCAGAGAGAAAAGUUCUGUUUCUACUUGUUUCUGCUUUAAUGCUCAAUAAACAUCCUUCCACCGACUUCACUGGAA